AUGUCACGGUCAUCAUAUCGUCGAAAUUUAAAUCCAAUAGCACUAUCAAAUUUUAAUAAACCUCUACCGCAAUCAAAUCUCAUGUUUCAAUGGUCUAUAUCGGCUGCUCAUUCACCUUUGUUAGAAGAUAAUUCGUCAGUUAUACUUCCUCCAAUUGAUACUACUCGAUCUCAAAGAAAAGUUUCCACUGAUUCUUCUUCGUUAAUACGUGUAUGUUCACCCAGUCAUUCUUCGAUAUCUACACAAAAUUUCUUACAUCUACCUUGUAUUAACAAGAAAUCCCAUUCACCAGUAUCAACUGAACAUGAACAAAGUUCUACACGAAGCAGUCCAUUAUUACUAAGUUAUAAUCAAUUACAUCGAGGAUCAUCUUCUUCGCCAGUAAAACAACCGACACAAACCAGUCUUUCUACUCAUUCAAUAUCUGAUAAGAAACGAAACAGUGUUUCAUUCCAUCCAAUAUCCCAUAACACACAAAACAAUGUUUCUAUCCAUCCAAUAUCCGAUAACACACACAACAGUGUUUCUAUUCAUCCAACAUCUGAUACGGAACGAAAUAAUGUUUCUAUUCAUCCAAUAUCUAAUAAGAAACGAAAUAAUAUUUCCUCUGUGAACAAUAAAUUAAAUUCUAUAUCGAAAACAACAAUGUCAUCAAAGACUACAGCACCUUUAUUAUCAACAAUAUCUGAACAACGUAAAUUAAAUAAUAAUUUAGUACGAUUGAAUACAUCACAAUUACGUCGAUUAAAUGUAUCGGAAAAGUACAUAAAUGAAGCAAAAAAACUUUAUUUUAAUAUACCUUGUAGAAGUUUUGUACCACGUGUUGCAAUUGUAUAA